CUUUUCCUUAGAAGGCGAAGCCCCAAGCCUCGCCUCUUGCCGGCAGAGAGCCGCGCUGUGCGCUCCGCGCGCCCCUCGCCGCCGCCGCACCCCCAGGAGCGCAGAGCCCCGCGCACUCGCGCACCAGCCGGGCCCGGGCGAGUGGCGGGCGCGCGUCCUCGCGGCUCUGGAUGGAAGGAUCGAGGUCGGCGGAGACCACGGCCAGCAGGUCCUGAGGCCAGAGCCCCUCCCCGGCCCCGCGCCCGCGAUAUGCCGCGGGAGAGGUGCCGCGCCCCUAGCCCGUGUCCCCGCCAUGGAGGUGCUGCGGCGUUCCUCGGUCUUCGCCGCAGAGAUCAUGGACGCCUUUGACCGCUCGCCCACCGACAAGGAGCUGGUGGCCCAGGCCAAGGCCCUGGGCCGGGAGUUCGUGCACGCGCGGCUGCUGCGCGCUGGCCUCGCCUGGAGCGCGCCCGAGCGCGCCGCUCCCGCCCCCGGAGGCCGCCUGGCCGAGGUGUGCGCGGUGCUGCUGCGCCUGGGGGACGAGCUGGAGCUGAUCCGGCCUAGCGUCUACCGCAACGUGGCCCGUCAACUGAACAUCUCCCUGCAAUCUGAGACCGUGGUGACUGACGCCUUCCUGGCUGUGGCGUCCCAGAUCUUCUCUGGAGACGCCAUGAAUGUGUCCCUCAGAGGAGCCAUGGCACAGGCAGCCCGUAGCCAUCGGCUAGCGGACACGUGCGCCCCAUGCGGACACCCGCGACUGCUUGGAUGGACCCUGCGGACCUCAUGUCUGGUGUGGGGAGCCCGAGUCACUGUGGAGCGCUGGCCGGAGCCCUUUCCUAGCAAACACCGGGAGUGGGGAAUCCACAGGCCCAGGGAACGGAGGCGUGGCUGUCGGGCCCGGGAAGGGGCCCAAUGGCAGGCAUCACAUGGGGCAAGGUGGUGUCCCUGUACUCAGUGGCGGCAGGGCUGGCCAUCGACUGUGUGCGGCAGGCCCAGCCCGCCAUGGUCCACGCACUUGUCGACUGCCUUGGAGAAUUUGUGCGCAAGACCCUGGCACCCUGGCUUCGAAGGCGUGGCGGAUGGACCGAUGUCCUCAAGUGUGUGGUCAGCACGGAGCCUGGCUUCCGCUCCCAUUGGCUCGUGGCUGCACUCUGCAGCUUCGGUCGCUUCCUGAAGGCCGCCUUCUUCCUGCUGUUGCCAGAGAGAUGAGCUGCUGCUUCGGGCACAGGCUGAAGCCAGGCACUCCGACCCAGGAGGCCCUGGGCCCUGGAGAGCACCCAUGUCCUCCUCGACCAGGCUGGGAAGACUCCGACACUCAGAGCCCUGCCUCCAUGCUGGAGGCCCUGCCCUGAGCCCCUCGCCCUCAGACCCAGGCUCUCUGGAAGGGGCAGCAGAGGGGGCCUCCCUGGCCUGGAGCUGGGCUUCAGUGCCUCCCCCGUUGCUCCCCUUCUCUUGGAAAUUCUGCUUGUCCUCUUUCUGGAGCCAGAAAAUCAGGGUCACCUCCUGGGUCCAAAAGGAAGGGAGCUGAGAACACUAGGUUCCACUUGAUGCCUGGGUCUCCUCUGUGAAGGGGGACCAUGUCAGGACAUGAGCUGGCCUUGGUCCUUGUGGGGAGUGGGCCCUGCUCAUUCAGUCAUAAGGUGUCACUGGCCUGGCCAAGGGUGGAGGAGCCAUGGGGUCUUACUGACCUUGAAGACAGGGCAUAAAGUGUAUGUGCUGGUUGCUUAAUCUGUUUCUGGAGGGAGCAGUGUGUCCCCCUCCCAUGGCAGGAUCCUUGUGUGGCAGGGACCAGGGGCACGGGGCUCCAAGCCAGCACACUGACCUGAGUGCACGAGCCCAUAAACAGAAAGGUUGGUGUGUGUGUUGAAUUCCAAUAAAGUUUCACGGCUAUGGAGGGGUGAC